UGUAGACAGACUGUGUCUUCCAUCCGCGUAUUGGUCGGGCUUUUUGAGUCCAAGGAGGGCAUCGUCUUUUUCGUACAGCUUACUUCCGCGUUUACUGUUCCUCACGAAAGACUUUAUUUUUCUUAAAACAUAGCGUUACAAAUAAUCAACUAAAUCAGUAACGUCAGUCGUCAGGUGUUGACUCUAAAAUGGCUAUGGUAAAGAGUGGUUGGCUUCAUCGACAAAGUACCAUACUGCGUCGGUGGAAAAGAAACUGGUUUGACCUCUGGUCUGAUGGACGACUUGUGUUCUAUAAUGAUCAACAACGGCGUGACAUGGAGGAUGACAUCCACAUGAGGGUCGACUGCAUUAACAUCCGCAACUCUGCUGCAUGUCAAGAGCUGAACCCUCCAGAGGGGAAGAUGCGUGAUGCCUUGCUCCAGAUAGUGUGCAGAGAUGGACGAGUUAUCAGCCUGUGUGCAGACAGUGCAGAUGAUGCUCUGGCGUGGACCAUGGCUCUUCAGGAUGCCAGAAUUAAUACGGUGGUUGCUGCACCUCAGAUUGGCUUUGCACAGGAAGUGAUGGCAUCUGCUCCUCCCCCCUACUCAGAAUAUGCUCCCCCACCUCAGCAGGUUUAUGCCCCUGGUCCAUAUGGAGACUAUGUUGCACCUCCACCACAUGCUACACAGAUCGUAUACUCUGCUGGCGGGCAGCCGUACGCCGUAGCUUAUCCUUACCAGUACCAAGGCGGAUACCCUGCUCCUGGGGUGAACCAUGUUGUUAUUCGGGAACGGCAGCGUGAUGACGGUGGAGAUGUGGCUUUAGGCAUGCUCGCUGGCGCAGCAACUGGUUUGGCACUUGGCUCCCUCUUCUCUGUCUUCUAGUGUCUUAAUUCAUGUAAUUCAUGUACAUCUAAUAGCACACCUUUCCCUCCUAUUUGCAGCGUUUGGCCUCUUCUCUGUGCCAUCACUAGAGUUGAGAGUCUAUGAAGCAUGAUUGUGUUGGGCAGUAAAUUAUUCAGUGUCUGUCCUAUAUAUACAUAUACACACACACAUACAUAUAUGUAUGUGUAUAUAUAUAUAUAUAUAUAUAUAUAUAUGUGUGUGUGUGUGUGUGUGUGUGUGUGUAAAAUACUGUUAGCACUUUCUCUUAUCCUCUUAUACUAUGUGUGACAGUUUGCCACUUUGUGCUGUCUGAAUAUGAGUGUUAACCAAAAAAUUAGAUAAUUACUCACUUUUAAGUGAAACUACUUCAUUUAUGUACAUUUCAGGUCCUCAUGGUGGUUUUCAAGUUAGUUUCAUGGAGUGUGUGGUUUUUUUUUUUGUCUUUAUCUCUCUGUAUUGUACAUCUACUUUUGAUUUAAGUGUAUUACGGUUUUGGUUGUGAGUAAUGUGCUUCUUCGUCUCCUCAGUUUAUUUGUGGUGAAGGCAGGCUGAGGUAGAGAGUUGUGUAAAGAGGAGUGCACACACACAAAGCAAUAAUCAAAAACACUGUAGCAUUUUGAGGUACCUAUAUGGUGGAAUGUGGUUGUGUUGGAUGUCCUAUGUUGCCAUCACCACAAGUAAGUCUAUGAGUGAAGAAACACUGGCAUUUACAUGAUGUGCUUUGAAAUGAAAAGGGACAUCACUCCUCCUUACUCAUGUAUCUGCAUUCAUUUUUUUGGUCUUUUUUGGCAGCUGUUGAAUCACACUUCUCAUCUGAAAUGUGUUUGAAUUGAUAUUUUAGCUUUUAUUUCAUUAGGCUUUUUGUGGUAUGCUCAAAUACCAAUCAGGUUAAUCAGUCUCUUAAGAUUUAGUCGUAUUUCAAUUGGCCUGAACUUUAUUUUUUCACUCCCGAUGACUUGAAUAAUGUCAGAUUUCUCAGUUUUUCAUAUAACUGUAUUUAUUCAUUUUGAAAUGGCAAGUUCUGCUCAAUAGAAAUCUUCUUUAGUCUGCUUUUCAAACACAUCAACAGCAUCUUUACCAAUGACACUAAUAGAAGAUGUGUGUGACUUGUAUUUCUAAAUUAUUUCAGCAUAUGAUCAGCUUGGGCAAGCAGCAUAACAUUGAUGUCACAUUUCUAUGUCUUAAAUUGUGAAAUUAACAUGAUAUUUCUCUUAUCAAAUGUAUUAAUUGACUUAUAAUCUUCCCUACAUUUAAAAUAAAGAUAUCAACUAAGAGAUGUAUUUUAACAAUUAAAUAUAUUUGCAAAGUUAA